UAGUAGCAGCUGCAAAUUGGAGAGGGAGAGAUAUCUCUACCCAGCCGGACGUCCGUUCAUUUAUUUAUUUAUUUUUGUUGUUUACUUUAUUUCUACACCAGAUUACAUUUCUUCUUAUACAUAGUUGUUAGAAUCUGGCUCGGAUUUGUUCUGGACACAUUUGUCUGCUUCGGGAGCUAAACGAGGGAGAAAGCAGACGACAGAUUCGUGAGGACACCUAGCCUAGCGAGCUUCGACGGGUUUUUGGUUGUCAACGAGUGAUUUACGGGUUUGUUUCAUCAUUGUGGAGGACACUAUAAACUGUGAACGUAGGGAGCAAACGAGCCAAAGAAACAAAGGACGUUUCUGUCUAGUUAAUUUAACUCUGUAGCUAGCUAGUUAACUCGGUUUUUCAAAGGCUCGCGGUAUUUAUUUAGCUGGCCAGAUCGUAGCUGAAUAUGGCUCAACAUGGACAUCAUCAUGUAGCGAGUUCCCAAAAGGCAUUAAUGCUUGAGAUGAAAAGUCUUCAAGAAGAGCCCGUUGAAGGGUUCAAAAUAACUUUAGUGGACGAGUCGGACUUGUACAACUGGGAAGUAGCAAUCUUUGGACCCCCAAAUACCCACUACGAAGGGGGUUAUUUUAAGGCCCGCAUCAAAUUCCCCAUCGACUAUCCCUACUCUCCACCUGCCUUCCGAUUCCUCACCAAAAUGUGGCACCCCAACAUCUAUGAGAACGGGGACGUGUGCAUCUCCAUCCUGCACCCCCCCGUGGACGACCCGCAGAGCGGAGAGCUGCCUUCGGAGAGAUGGAACCCCACACAGAACGUCAGGACAAUCCUGCUGAGCGUGAUCUCUCUGCUCAACGAGCCCAACACCUUCUCCCCGGCCAACGUGGAUGCCUCCGUCAUGUACCGCAAGUGGAGGGACAGCAAGGGGAAGGACCGCGAGUAUGCCGAGAUCAUCAGGAAACAGGUGCUGGCCACCAAAGCAGAGGCAGAGCGGGACGGGGUGAAGGUGCCCACCACCCUGGCAGAGUACUGUGUCCGCACCCGGGCGCCCCCCGCCGAUGAGGGCUCCAACCUCUUCUACGAUGAUUACUACGACGACGAGGACCUGGAGGACGAGGACGCAGACGAGGACGGGGACUGCUGCUACGACGAGGACGACUCUGGGACGGAGGAGUCCUGACGCCCCCCCUCCUGUCCCCUGCCGUGCCCUCCCCCUGAACCGAACUAUAUGUACCCUCUAUACAGACCUGCACAGAUCUCCACAGCCACGCCUGCUUCUUAAAUCCACAUCCAGUUAACAAAAAGACUACAGUUUGUGUCCAUGCUUGUGUGUUUAUUUUUAAAUGUUUAUGAGUUGAACAACCCCCUCCCCCCUGCUUUUGACAUACCCCACCACAUACGGUGCACACAGACAUUAAGGCCCAGCUCUUCUCUUUCCACUCUUUGUCAGAGGUUCAGCUGUGAGCUGAAGAAUCAGAGGCUUGGAAUGUGGUGGAGUGAGUGAGUGUUGGUGGGUAUGAGAAGAGCAGCAGAUAAAUCAGUCAAUCAAUCACUGAGCCCAUAAAAAAACUAUACAGAUUUGCCUAAAGCUAAAGUUUUCAAUAAACCUUAUCUUAUACAGUGGUGGUGGUGGAAUCAGAGACUUGUUAUGCAUUGGAAUGUGGAGUGUCCUUUUCUGCCACUCCUGGACAAGCAAGCCUCUCCUCCUGGAAUGCGUAUGAGUUAAGGGAUAACAGCAGGCUCUGUCAGUGAUUCUUAGAAUGUGUUAGAUACCUGGAGUGAUGCACAGGUUAACCAGUCUGCAGCAGUGGGCUUUGAUCUACAGUUAAUGGCUUUUUCAGGUGUUCUUCUCAGACCUCUUAGCUUUGUUUUCAUUUUUUUGGUAUAUAGAUUGUGAAAUGUAUUUUCAGGGGUGCAAAAAAUUUCAGGCAGAAAACAUCAGUUUACAGCAUAGCUAAAUGGUAUCAGUGAAGGUUCUGGGCUUUUCCAGUGUUCCUUUUCCUAACGAAGCUUAUAUUUUAAUCAUUUCUUCCACAUUUAUUUUUGUUACUUAGUAAAUAAUGUGAUUUGUCAGCUAGUCAAGAGGUGUGGUAAUCUAGGGGGUGGCUGUGUGGCAGUCUCAUAGUGACUUAACUAUAUACAGUUUGAAUUGCCACACUUGUGUACCUGGAAAUGUUGAGUCAGGUGUCUCUCUCUGUUUGGGGUAUUUUAAUUUCAAUCACAGAGCUGGAAAACAUGGGAGAGAAAAGGGUUUUGCAAGUUGUGAAGAUGUAUAAAACAUUAUUUGCUGUUUUAGGUCAGUGCAGUGGACUUCCUCACAACCUAACCGAUCAAUGGCAAGCUGGUUCAUUUUUCAUACAGCCUAGUUACUGUGGAUCCUUCAAAAAUGACCCCUUCCCUUGAUUUAAUUUACUGGCUCUCAGAUCACGAUUAGCCAGGUUAUAGCAUCUUUAUAUCCGGCUCCGUUACAGAUCGACAGCAGUAUUUUAAAAAUGUCUCAUUCAUCAAAGUGCUUUAGUUGUGAUCCAGUCCUCACUGACAUUGAUGUGGUAAUUUAAAGUUUCAAGAGAUGCAUGGAAAAGCAAAAGGGAUGAAAGUAGGAAUUGUCUUGCCUCUAAAUGACACAUUUGGGUUGGGGGGGUUUAUUGAAUUUCAGUAGGGUUUCUGCAGCAGAUGGUUCAGGGCUGCUAGCCUGUCCACUGAUGAGUAUUAAUGGUUUUGGAUGUGAUGUAUAAACCCAGUUAUGUGAUUGUGGGUGAAUAAUUUCUAAUGAUUCUCAUUUUUGAAACCCAGUUGAAACAGGUGUGAAAAGGUGGAGGAUUUCAUUGGCUUCUUCCCCACCACUCUUCAGUUUUUCCUCUUUGUGACAUGGAUUUGAGCUAGCAAACAUUUUUUUUCGUUCCCUUAAAAAGGAUAUUUUUAGUGCUCCAAACUGUUUCCUGCAUAAAUGUAGUGUUUUCCUUUGUUGGGUGUCUGGGAUUUAUUUUUUUGUGAAGCUGCAGGUUGAUCAUGUGUUCUCCUGUUCUUUUUUUAUUGCUACCUUUUUAAAAAGGAGUUUUGGGAGGCGGUGCCAGUGAAGGAUCUUCAGCUACACCUUUUGGAAGCUAAAACCUCAGGACAAAAACAAAAAAAAAAUGAACUGACUACAGUUUCUUUUUGUGUGGUCAGGUCCUCUGAAAGAAGCUGGUCCUCCUGUCUCCCCAUCACUGCAGCUUCAGACUGUUUACAAUCUUUGCCCUCAUAUUCAUAUUGAUAUGCACAUGUGGAGAU